AGUGCGCUUUCCAGUUCGCGUUCCCAACCCAUGAGCAGCUGGCGUGCGGCGUGGCGGCGUUAAUGCCACUCGUUUUACUCCAAUAAUUUUGCUUCACUAACCUACGUAUCCCAAAUAAUAUGACGUAAAACUGACGUGACUACGUGCAAUCGAACGCGCUAGUGUUUGUUGUGUUGUGAUACGAAGAGACGUGCGCGAUUUUACAAAAUCUCGGCGGGUAAAAUAACAGUUACUUUUGAAAAGACAGACGAGACUGAUUAGAGAUGGCCGUGUUCGGAUUGGCAUCCGCCGUAGCGGGCUUUGUCAAAGUCCGCUAUCUCAUCGACAAGGCGGUCAUCGACAACAUGGUCUUCAGGAUGCAUUAUAGAAUCACUUCGGCUAUUAUGUUCCUGUCUUGCAUCCUCGUUACAGCUAAUAAUCUAAUUGGUGACCCGAUUUCUUGCAUCAGUGAUGGAGCUGUUCCAACACACAUACUUAACACUUAUUGCUGGAUCACUUACACGUUCACCCUGCCCUACAGCGGAUCUAAAGGGAUUGCCCACCCAGGUCUCGGUAACGAUUAUGAAGAAGAGAAACGUAUCCAUUCAUACUACCAAUGGGUGCCAUUCAUGCUGUUCUUCCAGGGUCUCCUGUUCUAUAUCCCUCAUUGGAUCUGGAAGAACUGGGAAGAAGGAAAAGUACGCAUGAUAUCUGAUGGAAUGCGCGGAACUUUAGGUACAAUUGCCGACGACAAAACGAAGAGUCAGAAUCGCCUGGUCCAAUACCUACUUGAUACACUUCAUAUGCAUAACACUUACUCUUUCGGUUAUUUCUUCUGUGAGGUUCUUAACUUCGUCAAUGUUGUUGGCAACAUCUUCUUUUUGGACACAUUCCUCGGUGGUGCAUUUUUAGCUUACGGAACUGACGUGGUUAAAUUCUCCAACAUGAACCAGGAGCAACGUACUGACCCUAUGAUCGAAGUAUUUCCCAGGAUUACGAAGUGUACUUUCCACAAAUACGGAGCUUCUGGAACGAUCCAGAAACACGACGCCCUGUGCGUUCUCGCUCUGAACAUCCUAAAUGAGAAGAUAUUCAUUUUCCUUUGGUUCUGGUUUAUUAUACUCUCCGUUGUUUCCGGCUUGGCUCUCGUUUACUCAGCGGCCGUUAUUCUUUUGCCGAGUACCCGCGAGACUAUUCUUAAACGACGAUUCCGUUUUGGAUCUCCCAAUGGAGUUGAGGCUCUUGUUAGAAAGACACAGGUUGGGGACUUCCUUCUUCUGCAUCUUCUCGGACAGAACAUUUCACUACGUGUUUUCGGCGAGGUGUUGGACGAGCUAGCUCGUCGACUCCACCUCGGCUCUAAUCCACCGUCGGCGCCUUCUACGCUCGAAAUGGCGCCGAUUUAUCCCGACAUCGACAAAUUCUCAAAGGAGACUGAGACGUAAGGUAGUGACGAUGCUUACUUGCAAUAUAUUCCUCUCAGCUAAAUUAAAACUAAUGAAAUAGAUUGUUCCAACACAUCGUUUGAGAAAUAUCUGCUAAUUCUGAUAUUAUUUCAAUCUGAUGUCUGUUUCUCAAAUCUUGUGUUCGAAAUAUAUUGGUCGAUAUAACGAGGAUAUAUAGCUUAAAAAUGAAUUUGUAUUAAACGGAUGCUAUUUCAGUAGUGAGUUGUGUACAUUGACUAUGCAAAUUAUUAACGUUCAUGACAUUCCUUUGUUUUAACGUAGGCAAUAUUACUAUUUGCGAGCAGCCGUAUUUGCCUUAGUUAAGCAUAAACUUGAGGUCUCAAUAAAUUUUAAGACAUGUUUUGACCAACAUUAGUUGAAUGUUUGAUUUUAAAAAUGAAUUUAUUGUACUAAUUUCAAAACGCUAAGACUGUUUGCGUAGUUUUAAUUGGUUAAACAUUUCUGGGGGUAUUUGAAAAUAUGUAUAGUUAUACGGUACGUAUACGAAAUAUUGACUGUAUACAGAGUGUGUCAAACAUUUUAUUAUAAUAGGUAUAUAAUAAUUAUUUGUGAUAAGUUUAAAAAAUGAAGUUAUAUCAUUUAUGAAAAGAAUGGCAUACAUAUCACCAGCUCAACAUUCUCUUUGUCAUAUAAAAUAAAGAAUGACAAAACGAAUACAUUUUACUUUGAUUAUUAUGUAUAUUAAAAAAAAACUUUUAUUAGAUAUUCCUUUUAAUUAAAAGACAAUAUAUAUAAAAGGCAAAUAAAGUAAAGUACAAACGGUUCCUUUGGUAAAGAUAAGUUUUGACAUUCGACAUGGCUUUUGAUAUUUUCGUUUUAUUUUAGUACUAGUAGGUUAAAGAUAUUUGGUGCAAAAGAAAAGGUGUUUAUUCUAUAGUGGAUUAUACUCAACUAUAUCACUCAAACAUUAGUGCCAUUUAACUGAUACUUUUCGGGUUUCAUUCGUCAUAUAUGCAUUUUGAAUAAAUAUCUUUAAAACUACAGAUCAUCAUUCCGUAUGCAUUGUAUUCCUUUUUUUAUAUAAUUAUUUAGGUUAGGUUUAAGUGGUUAUUGCAGUCAAUUAAGCCAUAUACGUUAAGAUAUUAUGAUCUUAUAUUACUGGACUUCCAUGAAUCUCGUAUAUCGUACAUCAAAUAGCAUAAUAAGUUCCCGAUAUAUUGAUAUUAUAAUAUUUUUCUAUACUAAGUAUUACGAUUAUGAUUAGAAAUAAACCAUUUACGUAUGUCUUCGCAAGUAAUUAAUAGUACAUAUUAUUUUAAAAACAGCUUUAUUUUUCGCAUCGGUGUUUAUUAGCGUUAUUUAACCGAUUUCUUUAGCCCAUUGAAAUUAUUACUAGUUUAUAGGAAAAUUUGUAACGUCGGUUCAAUAUGUCAUAUGAUCCUCGUUAAUACAUAAAGUUUCAAACGGUUAAUAAACGCUGUUACAUUUUAUCAUUCCGAUAUCAAGACUUGUACGAACUUGCCCGACUAUUUUAAUUGUAUUUUUGGUUAUUACAUUUGAAUUAAACAAAUCGCAAAACAUU